UACUUGUAGUGCAGCAGGAUAUGAGAUCCUGACGGCCUGCAGCAGAAUAAUGCUACUUUUAAAGAGACUCUCUCACAACUGUCACCACUCUGAAUGUGUCCGUCAUGAGUUUGUGUCCUUGAGCAGGAUUCUGAAUCGCUUCCUGUGUAAGAGCAUCAGCUUGAUGCCUCUAUUUCUUUUUAAACAAGUAGUAAGAAUGAAUGUAGCUGCCCUCUGACUCAUCCCUGGAUGCUAACAAGCAGGAGUGUUUCUCUGUGUCAGCAGAUACAGAUAGCGCUUCCCUCCUCAGCGGUGUCUCCCACACACAUUGUCAGGACGGCUCAAGAACGUCAGUGACUCAUCAGUUUGAAAGAGAUCAACAUGUAAAGAUGCUCUGGGGACAAGUGCACUAUGUAGGACUCUGUAAAGGGAUAUUUAUUGGCUAAAGGAUGAUCAAAAUGAAAAGUGCAUAAAAAUAUGUAUUUUUUUAAAAGUGAUUAAGUAAAUUGUGUUGAGUUUGCACAUAUCUGUGGUAUGUGGGUUAAUGCAGGAUGUUCAUUCUACUCUCAUAUUAUUCAGAUAGGGUAGCGGGCGUGUAUCAACCACAUCAGGGUAUUUCCAUGCAAUCUGUAUGGUAAUCAUAUCAUCGCUUUGUAGAGCAUUAAAACCUCUAAGUGCCUGGCUGUGUAGGUAUUUGCCCCCUCACUCUUUCUUUAUGCAGUAUGUAUUGAUUCUCUCUCACAGGAUAGUGGAAAAGACUUUAAUUCAAGUCAUUUUCACAAGGAUUUCCCAAGCUUUUUCUUAGUUUGUCAAUGUGGAUGUGUUCAUUACUUCAGAAAUGCAUCUAAUCCUGCAAUGGGAGUUUUAAGUGGAGUAAAAUACAAAUGCAUAGUGUAAUUUCUUGCAAUGGUGUUUCCAGGGCAGAGUAAGAAUAUCUGCUCUACCACAUCUACUUUGCAGGCCAAGGCUGAGAGAGAGUCAGAAAACCAACCUCCCCCCUCUUCACUGCAGCAGUCUGCUAUUGGCCUGGUCGAUGCUGACAACACUGAUGUUACUCUGUGGAGGGGGGGGGAGCGACACUCUAUAAAAGCCAGGGAUCUGCAGCAUCACCGAGCUGGUGCAGUGCAAAAACGCUCGCUCAUCCUCACCGAUGGUGUGCAGAACAAGGGGGACAUAAAAAAACCUUCUGAAACUAAAACAUCCAUAUCCUUUUCUUAAACAAACAAAAAAUCCACAACAAAAAAUUCAUCAUGAGCUCCGAAUCCUACCUCUCCUACCGCCGCCCUUGGGACAGCUACAGAGGCUCCCGAACCACCACUAAAUCAUCCAUGUCUUCCUCCCUCUUCGCUUCUCCUCGAGCUCCUCCGUCCGGGAAGAGGAUCCUGAGGCUGGCCUCCUCUUCCCUGCCAGACGCGUCUGAGAGGAUGGACCUGGCUCAGGCCAGCUCCAUCAACACAGAGUUGCUGGGCCUGCGCUCCCAAGAGAGGGAGCAGCUUGUGGACCUGAACGACCGCUUCGCCACUUACAUCGAGAAGGUGAGACACCUGGAGCUGCAGAACCGAGCCCUGCUGGCCGAGCUGGAGGCGCUGAGGAGGCGGCAAAACGAUCCAUCUCGUCUGCAGGGCGUCUAUGAGGGGGAGGCGCGGAGUCUGAGGGCGAUGAUUGACUCGGAGAACGGGGAGAAGAUGCGCAUGGAGGCAGAGAGGGACCACCUGCGUGACGUCUAUGAGCAGAUGAAGGAGCGAUAUGACGAGGAGACGAGGCGGCGUAUGGAUGCUGAGGAGGCCCUGCAGAGGGCCAAGGAGGAGGCCAGCAGGGCCGUGCUCUACAACUGUGAUGCUGAGGCCACUGUGGUCUCUUUGUGUGACGAGAUGGUGUUCCUAAAGAAAGUCUUUGCAGAGGAGCAAGCUGAGCUGCAGGCCCAGCUGCAGGUGGCUAACAUCAGCGUGGAUGUGGAGGUGUCUCGGCCUGACCUCUCUACCGCCCUGCGAGACAUCCGGGCGCAAUACGAACGGCUGGCAAACAAGAACAUGCAGGCCGCCGAGGACUGGUACAAGAGCAAGUUUGCGAGCGUGGCGGAGAUGGCCAGCAAAAACAACGAGGCCGUGCACGCCAUCCGAGAGGAGACCAUGGAGUACCGCAGACUGCUUCAGUCCCGCUCCUCGGAGAUUGAGGCUCUCAGAAACGUCAUCGACUCCCUAAAUAAGCAACUGGAAGAGUUGGAGGAGACGCAGGGGAAAGAGGUGGCAAAGUACCAGGUGAGGAUAAGUGAACUGGAGCAAGACAUCACUGAAGCUAAACAGGAGAUGGCGCGCUACCUGAGAGAGUACCAAGACCUUCUCAAUGUGAAGAUGGCUCUUGACAUUGAAAUAGCUGCGUACAGGAAACUUCUGGAAGGGGAGGAGAUUCGGCUGUCUUACCCUUCCCUUCCCGCUCUAAAUUAAAAUGCCACCAGCCUGGCAUCAACCUGAAUUCUUCAUGUCCCUUUUCUCCUGACCUGACCCUGAACAUCUAAACAUCUCCCCCUACCCCUCGAAUCCAUCAAUUUUUUUUACAUCCCUCCCUCUAUCAUCUUGCCCCCCCUCCCCUCCCCCUCCCCAAAAUACUCCUUUCUUUACUCCUCCCCAAACCAAACCGCGAACCAGAAGCUCAUCCUUCUCAAGACAGAUGCGCCCUUGUAUUAAACAAGAGGACCACCAGAAGUCCCCCUUCUUCUACACACGUUCUGACACCACACAUCAAGAAGAUGGCAAACUGUAAAAUGCAGAGUGGCUGUACUGCAGUAGUUACAUAGUUAUGUCGGACAGCAACAUCGUUUUGGCUGAGUUCCUCUCUGUCGUAUAUGCCAAAGUCCAAGCAGCAGAGUUACCAUUUGACUCUAGUGGCCCCUCGUUGUGCAAACAUUUGACCAAUUGUUUGUGAAGGAGGACAAAAAAUCCCUUUUACCUCUUGAUGCUUGGACUUUAUCUGUGUUUCAACUGCGGCAUUAUUGACUGGGAACUCUACCAAUCGAUUAUGCAAUGUCCUGCACCCCUGGUUCUAUAGUAGUAGUCAGUGAACCAGUAACCUUAAAAUUUAUUUUCAAUAUAUUAGAGACUCAUGUUUGUCAUUUUUAGUUAUUCAUCCUUUGCAUUUACAUCUGCACACAAAUACUGCAAGCUUUGGUUGGUUUAAAAUCAAGAGUGAGUUUGAGUCUUUCUAUUUGGCCGGUUAUUUAAACUCCUAAUUUCCAAUAAAACCGUAUCUUGUCUUGCAUAAACUUUUGGUCAUGUAAAUGCUGUGGAAGACUAAUUGUUACUGGUUUCUCCUUAGAAUCAUGCAGUGUGUCUCUCAGCCGUUCUGCAUUAGAUUUAUUUAUUUAUUUAUUUUUUGUUCUGUGAUUUCAUUCAGAGCUAAACAAUGAAACUGAAGAUAACUGCAGGAGCUCCUUGUUGUUCGUCUGCUGAUCUUAGAUCUAAAUGGUGCUUUACAUCUGUGAAACUAAUACCAAGUCCGCACCAUUACGCUUGGUGUACCUGUAACAGCCGGCAACAAGCUGAAUAAAUAUAUAACUGACCUGCAACCCGGUUCGUAUUUUGUGUUUUCAUUUGACGCUUUUCAGGGAUAUUUAGGACAAAU